CGUCACUGUGGGCUUUUCGUUCAGUGCAUCUCCACAAUGAUGAUGAAUGCAUAUGCUGUAUGAGAGAAUGACCUGGCCAGAUGCAGGUGUGUGUGUGGUGUGUGUCUCACUGAAGAGGAGGAGAAUACCUUAACCGGUCACUUCAAUGUGAGCUUCAGUGUGCUCCUCCCUCGCUCUCUCUCUCUCUCUCUCUCUCUCUCUCUCUGUCUCUCCCUCUCUGUCUGUCCAUCCUCUCUGCCUCCCUGUCGGUGGCUGGCCAAGCUCCUCUCCUCUGUGUGCUGCUCUCCACCUGGCCUCCAUGAGUUUAACUGAGGACAAACCAUUCCUCCCUGGAAGAUGGGAAAUGCUUCAAACACAUCUGCUGUGUUUGCCUCCACCAUGUCCAAGGAGCAUGACAUCCUCAUGGGUUCCCUCUACAGUGUCUUUUGUAUACUGUCCCUCAUGGGAAACUGCAUUCUGCUACUUGUUGCAUAUCACAAGCGGUCGACCUUAAAGCCAGCUGAGUUCUUCAUCAUCAAUCUCUCCAUCAGUGACCUUGGGAUGACGCUCUCUUUAUUCCCAUUGGCAAUACCAUCAGCUUUUUCACACAGGUGGCUGUUUGGAGAAACCAUCUGUCAACUCUAUGCUACAUGUGGAGUACUGUUUGGUCUAUGCAGCUUGACCAACCUCACAGCCCUCUCCUUUGUGUGCUGCCUUAAAGUCUGCUUCCCCAACCAUGGUAACAAGUUCUCCUCGUCACAUGCCUGCCUCCUGGUGGUUGGAGUGUGGUGUUAUGCAUCUGUGUUUGCUGUAGGGCCCUUGGUACAGUGGGGACAUUACAGUUCUGAACCUUACGGCACAGCCUGCUGCAUUGACUGGCAUGCACCCAACCACGAGCUUUCAGCUAUGUCUUACAUUGUCUGCCUUUUCGUCUUUUGCUACGCACUGCCCUGCACUGUCAUCUUUCUCUCCUACACUUUCAUUCUGCUGACAGUGCGCGGGUCACGGCAGGCCGUCCAGCAGCAUGUGUCACCACAGACCAAGACCACCAAUGCACACGCUCUCAUUGUCAAGCUUUCAGUAGCAGUAUGUAUAGGUUUCCUGGGUGCCUGGAGCCCAUAUGCUGCCGUGGCCAUGUGGGCUGCUUUCGGAGAUGCCACGCGGGUUCCUCCUGAUGCAUUCGCCCUUGCUGCAGUGUUCGCCAAGUCUUCAACUAUCUACAACCCUAUGGUCUACCUGCUGUGUAAGCCCAACUUUCGCGAGUGUCUCUACAGAGACACAUCUAUGUUGCGACAGAUGAUCUACAGGGGUAGUCCCCAGUCAGAUCCAAAAGAACAUUUUGGAUCAACCUCACAGCGCUGCAAGGACGCGAGCAUCUCCACGAGAUUCUCAAACGGACAGCACGAGAGCUACGGGGGGUGUCUGCACUGCACUGAGAAUGCAGCAGCGUGUAACGUGACCACACCCCUAAGGACUGCCUGCAUCCUGACUGGAUCCUCUUACAGAGAGGUGACAGUUAGCCAGCUCUCAGCCACACCACAGGAUGGUUUACUCUAAACACAAAACCCUUCUCUCAUGAAGCAAACAAGACAGAACAGGUGCUCAAAAAGACUGGGCAUGGACAAAAAAACAACAACAAAGGACCUGCACAAGUUAUUAAUGUGCGUGUCAUCAUGACUUUAUAGCAUGACAGUCUUACAAGAACCUUUUGAUGGCAUUCUUCCUGAAAGUCAUAAAAUGGCCACUUCAUUGUGAAAAAAAAUUUAAAAACCACACUGUGCUUACUUCAUCGGAGAAGAUUUGCCACAGAAAUGUAUAUACUUGUGAAGUGUUGAUGCGUAUUUCUGUGUGAGCUUGUUUCCUGUUUCAUUUUAAUGUGCAGUAAUUUAAGUGGAUUCUGCAAGGAGCAGAAAAUGGGACAUGACAACCCCUGCUGGUAUCAACGUUAAUUAAGCAAAUGUAACAUUUUAAAGCAGCUUAUCAUAUUUAGUGUACAGCAGGAACAUACUUCUUAAUGUGAGGGCCAGUGCAAACAAGACACAUUGUCAGGAAAAAAAAUGUUUAAGUGGUGUAAAGCAGAUGAAGAAAAUGUUUAUGGUCCUUGUCACUAGUGAAAUUCAUAGAGACAUAAAAUCAAACUGACAACUGCUGUUUUCUGGAAGCCACUUCAAGCCCCUAGGGGUUGGGUAUUUCAUACUAAAAAGACAGAUUUAGGUGGAGUAUCACUUCAGUGAAGAGGCCCGUACUUUAUGAGACUCUACUGUGCCAUAAGGCCUGUGGUCAUUCUCUUACUGUAGAAUGACAGAUAAAACUGGCAAACCCUGUAUACCUUAAGACUGUUUUCUGGAGAAAAAAUCUAAUUUGGACAGUGACAAAAAAAUGAGACUAGAGGUCAAUUUCACCAUUUCAUGUUAAGGCAUUAAGUUUGACAGAAAUGUAUACUCUUAUUUAGUGAAAAUCACUCUAAAUCUCUUUCCUUUAGAGGAUUCCUUAACUUAUUUUGGUUGUAGGACCCCACUCCUCUACAGACUCCCUUAGUUCUAAUCUUGAUUUCACCUUGAUUACAUUAGAUUAAUACUAAAAGGGACCUGCUUUGUAAAGAAAACGCGAGUGAUAUGAGGACUUUUCCAAAUCGUCUGUUCAGGAAACAAGAGGAAUCAGGGGAAGUUUUUUGUGUCCAGGUGAAAAACAAUGGAAAGUAGGAUUUUAAAAGUAACUAAUAGGCAUUGAAAAUGUCUGAAGCUCCUUAGUUACAGAUAAUUUAAAAAAAGAAUUUCCUAAUUAUGUUUUUGAUUAGCAUACAUUGACAGUGCACACACAGAAGUCUCUAUAAUCUCUAAUGCAUAUUAGAUUAUAGACGCUUUUAUGUUUGCCUUCUACUCCUUAUUUUAUUACUGUAUGCUAGUUUAUGUGCAUUUAAAGUAAAAAAAUAAGCUAUAAAAUAAAUAAUCUUUGGAGUUUAAUCAGUUAUUAAACAACCAUAUCUGAUCGUGCAGACGUGUAUCAUAAGACUGACAAUUCAUUCCCCCUAAAAAACAGAAAACAAACAGCACUUAGCUAUAUUUAAUUCUGUUUUCCCUUUUUAAUGUGACACUGUGCUCUGUGGCUUCAUGUAUGCAUAUAAAUAAAAACUGUAUGUGUUGAUCAUUUUGAAAACCAAUUCUUGUACAGCCUUAUUUACUAAAGAAAUAAAAACACUGAAUAAUCA